AGUGCAUGACGUCAUGGCUAGUUUUCUGACUUGCCCUAACGCUACUCCGUAGGGCAGCCAUUGGAAAUCGACAUCAGAGUAGUCCAGAGUAGAGUAGUGGAAGUUCAAAUGGAGCCAGGUUUUGCUGGAGCAUUUGAGAGGCUAAAAAAGUCCGAAUUUUAUGAAUCUGAACCUUCAAUUUCGACCGAAGUCAAUGAAAAAAUUAUCAACAAACAGGUCGUUUCUUAUAAAGCAGGUUCAGUUGUAGUAAACCAAAGACAGAGAGGAAAUCCUGUAUUGAAAUCCAUUAGAAAUGUUCCAUGGGAAUACGGUGAACUUGUCCCAGAUUUUGUCAUGGGCCAUACUUGUUGUGCAUUAUUCUUAAGUUUGCAAUAUCACAAUUUAAACCCUCAGUAUAUCCAUGAGCGCCUCAAAGACCUUGGAAAGCAGUAUGAACUACGAAUACUUCUAGUACAAGUGUGUCACUUACUUCUAGUUGAUAUCAAGGAUCCAUAUAUUCCUAUAAAAGAAUUGACAAAAAUUUGUUUGUUGGCAGAUUUAACCUUACUUCUUGCGUGGGAUGCGCAAGAAGCUGGAAAAAUAAUUGAGACCUACAAAGUGUUUGAGCACAAGCCUCCUGAUUUGAUUAUGGGGAAACAAGAGAAUAAUAAUGUGCUAGCCGGGAUUGCAGAUGCAUUAACUUCGAUCAAGUCGGUUAAUCGCACCGAUGCAAUGACGCUGAUAUCUAAUUUUCAAACUCUUCGGAAUAUUUAUGAAGCAAGUGAAGAAGACCUAAGUUUGAAUCCUGGCUUUGGACCUCAGAAAGCCAGACGCUUGUUUCGAGUGCUUCAUGAUAAAUUUGUUAGAUAGUCAAGCGUUAUUCGUCUCGUAUGUAAGUAAUAAGUAGCUGGCCUU